AGUGUAGCUCGAGAGAGUCUCUUGGGAGGCUGGAUUAGCCACAAGUUGUGGUGAACCAGGGUAAAAUUCGGUGUACCUUUUACUCUUCUCUUUACUUCUCUCUUAAUUUUUUAAUUCCUACGAUUUCUCCGAUCAAACGCUAUUCACCCCCCCCUCUAGCGUUGGUCUAUUAUUCUAACAAUUGGUAUCAGAGCCUUACUCGCGUCCAAACUUAACCGUUUGAGAGUAAAGCGAUCAUGGGUUCUUCUUCUAGAAAUCUUUAUGCAGGAAUUGGAGAAGGUCAAUCAACCUCUAGGCCACCGCUCUUUGAUGGCACCAACUACACAUAUUGGAAAGAGCGGAUGAGAAUUUAUAUUCGCUCAACCAACUUUCAGUUGUGGUUGGUCAUCAAGAAUGGCGAGGAAACUCCGAUGAAGAAGGUCGAUGAAAAACUCGUCCCAAAGACCGAGGACGAAUUUGAUGCCGAAGACAUCAAAAAGGUGGAGAACUACGCCAAGGCAAUCAACAUGUUGUACUGCGCGGUCAACCCAGAUGAUUAUCGCAAGAUCUCUUGCUGCACCACUGCCAAAGAAAUGUGGGACAAGCUAGAGGUCACAUAUGAAGGUACGGACCAAGUUCGGGAAGCCAAAAUUGACUUCCUAACGCAGGAGUACGAGAUGUUCAGGAUGAAGGAAGGCGAAAAGAUCGAUGACAUGUUCGAUCGGUUCUCAAAAAUCAUCAACGACCUUCACGCUCUCAAGAAGACGUACGCCAACAAGGAUCUCGUGAGGAAAAUCCUGCGGAGCCUCACACCCGAAUGGAGAUCAAAGGCUGACGCAAUCUACGAAUCCAUCGGAGUCUCCAAUGUCACCAUCGACGGGCUAAGAGGUAACCUCAAAACUUAUGAAUCCACUAUUCUAACCCCGUCUCUGGAUGAACAAAAGAAGAAGGGAAUAGCACUGAAAGCAACCAAGGAGACCGUGGAAGAUGACUCAAGCGAUGAUGACAACGAGUUCGGACUCGUCAUCAAGAAGUUCCACAAAUUCAUGAAGAAAGAAUUUGAAAGGAAAGGAAGAAAGCACGACGGGCCCCCGAAGUGCUAUGGUUGUGGUGAGAUAGGCUACAUCAAGCCAAGGUGUCCAAAAAGCAAAGGCGGCAAGGACAAACCUGGCUUCAAAAAGCAACGCGCCUACAUCUCUUGGGGAGGCGACUCCGGGGAUGAGUCAACGGAUCACGAAGAGGAGGAAGCCGCCAACCUCUGUCUCAUGGCGCACGAAGAUCAAACCGACGACGUUCAAGAG